GGAAGAAUGCCUCCCAAGAAGGUCGUCAAGGAGGAGAAGAUCCUGUUGGGUCGUCCCGGAAACAACCUGAAGAGUGGUAUCGUUGGUCUGGCUAACGUCGGCAAAUCUACCCUCUUCCAGGCCAUCACCAAGUGUUCCUUGGUAACCCUGCUGUACAACUUCCCCUACGCCACUAUCGACCCCGAGGAGUCUCGUGUCCUUGUCCCCGAUGAGCGUUAUGACUGGUUGUGCGAGCAGUACAACCCCAAGUCGAGAGUCCCCGCUCACCUUACCAUCUACGAUAUUGCUGGUCUGACCCGUGGUGCCUCUACUGGUGCUGGUCUCGGCAACGCUUUCUUGUCCCACAUCCGCGCCGUCGAUGCCAUCUUCCAAGUCGUCAGAUGUUUCGAUGAUGCCGAGAUUAUUCACGUCGAGGGUGACGUCGACCCCGUCCGUGAUCUCGAGAUUAUCAGCGAGGAGCUCCGUAUCAAGGACACCGAGUUCGUCGAGAAAGCUCUUGAGAACCUCAAGAAGCAGACCCGCCGUGGUGGUCAGUCUCUUGAGAUGAAGAAGCUCAAGGAGGAGGAGGCUACUGUUGAGAAGAUUCUCGCCCUCCUCCAGGAUGGCAAGGACAUCCGUCACCAGCACUGGACCCCCAAGGAGGUCGAGGUCAUCAACCCUCUCUUCCUCCUUACAGCCAAGCCUGUUGUCUACCUCACCAACCUCAGCGAAAAGGACUACCUUCGCCAGAAGAACAAGCACUUGCCCAAGACUGAUGCCGAGGUCGAGGAGGAGUGCAAGAAGAUUGGUGGCAAGUCCGCUUUGCCCAAGUGCAUCACCACCAUGCGCAAGGCUCUCAACCUUGGCAGUUUCUUCACCACCGGUACUGACGAGGUCCGUCAAUGGACUGUCCGUAAUGGUACUAAGGCUCCUCAAGCCGCCGGUGUCAUUCACGGUGACUUUGAGAAGACAUUCAUUCAGUGCAUUGUCUACAACUUCAACCUCCUCAAGGAGCUGAAGACCGAAGCCGAGGUCAAGUCCCAAGGAAAGAUCAUGACCAAGGGCAAGGACUACGUUGUUGAGGAUGGAGACAUUAUUCUUAUCAAGGCUGGUGCCGCCAAGGCUUAA